UGGCCGUAAGAACACGCUGUUUGGCUGGGAAGUGAAGGGUAGAGCUGAUUUGGCCUCUGCGCACCCCUCCGCGAGGGGAUCGUUUUCUCCAGCAGAGCUGGAUAUUCUUACUUUCUUACAAUUAUGGCAGACAAAUUGACAAGAAUUGCUAUUGUCAACCAUGACAAAUGUAAGCCCAAGAAAUGUCGGCAGGAGUGCAAAAAGAGUUGUCCUGUGGUUCGAAUGGGAAAAUUAUGCAUAGAGGUUACACCCCAGAGCAAAAUAGCAUGGAUUUCUGAAACACUUUGUAUUGGUUGUGGUAUUUGUAUUAAGAAAUGCCCCUUUGGCGCUUUAUCAAUUGUCAAUUUACCGAGCAACUUGGAAAAAGAAACAACACAUCGAUAUUGUGCCAAUGCCUUCAAACUUCACAGGUUGCCUAUACCUCGUCCAGGUGAAGUGUUGGGAUUAGUUGGAACUAAUGGUAUUGGAAAGUCAACUGCUUUAAAAAUUUUAGCAGGAAAGCAAAAGCCAAACCUUGGAAAGUAUGAUGAUCCACCUGACUGGCAAGAGAUUUUAACUUAUUUCCGUGGAUCUGAAUUACAAAAUUACUUUACCAAGAUUCUAGAAGAUGAUCUAAAAGCCAUUAUCAAACCUCAAUAUGUAGACCAAAUUCCUAAGGCUGCAAAGGGAACAGUUGGGUCUAUUUUGGACCGAAAGGAUGAAACAAAGACACAGGCAAUUGUAUGUCAGCAGCUUGAUUUAACCCACCUAAAAGAACGAAAUGUUGAAGAUCUUUCAGGAGGAGAGUUGCAGAGAUUUGCUUGUGCUGUUGUUUGCAUACAGAAAGCUGAUAUUUUUAUGUUUGAUGAACCUUCUAGUUACCUAGAUGUCAAGCAGCGAUUAAAGGCUGCUAUUACUAUAAGAUCUCUAAUAAAUCCAGACAGAUAUAUCAUUGUGGUGGAGCAUGAUCUAAGUGUAUUAGACUAUCUCUCUGACUUUAUCUGCUGUUUAUACGGUGUACCAAGUGCUUAUGGUGUUGUCACUAUGCCCUUUAGUGUAAGAGAAGGCAUAAACAUUUUUUUGGAUGGCUACGUUCCAACAGAAAACUUGAGAUUCAGAGAUGCAUCACUUGUUUUUAAAGUGGCUGAGACAGCAAACGAAGAAGAAGUUAAAAAGAUGUGUAUGUAUAAAUAUCCAGGGAUGAAGAAAAAGAUGGGAGAGUUUGAGCUAGCAAUUGUAGCUGGAGAGUUUACAGAUUCUGAAAUUAUGGUGAUGCUGGGGGAAAAUGGUACAGGUAAAACAACAUUCAUCAGAAUGCUUGCUGGAAGACUUAAACCUGAUGAAGGAGGAGAAGUGCCGGUUCUAAAUGUCAGUUAUAAGCCACAGAAAAUCAGUCCUAAGUCAACUGGAAGUGUUCGCCAGUUACUACAUGAAAAAAUAAGAGAUGCUUAUACUCAUCCACAAUUUGUGACUGAUGUAAUGAAGCCUCUGCAAAUUGAAAACAUCAUUGAUCAGGAGGUGCAGACAUUAUCUGGUGGUGAACUGCAGCGAGUAGCUUUAGCUCUUUGUUUGGGCAAACCUGCCGAUGUCUAUUUAAUUGAUGAACCAUCUGCAUAUUUGGAUUCUGAGCAGAGACUAAUGGCAGCUCGGGUUGUCAAACGUUUCAUACUCCAUGCAAAGAAGACAGCUUUUGUUGUGGAACAUGACUUCAUCAUGGCCACCUAUCUAGCAGAUCGGGUCAUUGUUUUUGAUGGCAUUCCAUCUAAGAACACAGUUGCAAACAGUCCUCAAACCCUUUUGGCUGGCAUGAAUAAAUUUUUGUCUCAGCUUGAAAUUACAUUCAGAAGAGAUCCAAACAACUAUAGGCCACGAAUAAACAAACUCAAUUCUAUUAAGGAUGUAGAACAAAAGAAGAGUGGAAACUACUUUUUCUUGGAUGAUUAGACUGAAUCUGAGAGUAUCAAUAAGCCAUUUAUUAAAAAGAAGCAUUUACCAGGAUUUUUGUCAUAUAAAACUUCAACCAGGUUUUAUGCCCCACAUACUCUGGAGUUUGAAGUAUAAUUUACUUAAUGUAACAUCAAAAGCCAGUUGUGUUGUGAACUGUAGUCUGAACACAGAAAAUGCAUUUUUCUGUUCUUAAUGAUAAGGCCCUUUUUCUGAUCAUAAUAUUAUGAAGACAUUUCAAGCUAUACAAAUUACCUCCAUGUUUUCAUGAUGUAUGGGAAGAUUUUCAAUAGAUGUAUUAUAUUGAUGUACCAAAUGCUGGCCAGUGUUGCCCCAUUUUAAAAAUCUUAAAACAGGUUUCUGUACUUACCUGAUUUGCAAAGUAUGCUAGUAAAAUGAAACUGCCCUUAUUUUAAAAGCCAGUCGAAGACUCCACUGAUGAUAUUUGAUAAAUAAACAUCAGGAUUAUAUUUGUUA